GUUAAAAAUUAUGUUGAUUGGAACAGAAGCAAUUAAUUUUGUCAAAAUCAUAUUUUAUGUAAAUAAAAAGGUUUAUGCUUCCUAUAUGUACAACAGCCCUCUCUCUUUAACCUCUCCAAAUCACACCAGGUGGGCAGAACAGAGGAAAGAUCUGAUGUACUCGCUGGUGGAUCUUUAUUUAACGCUAGAUCAUGAUGGCCCUUGAAAAUCAAGAUGUUCUAUUGGGGUUCCAAAAGAUUGUUCGUAACAGGCAGAUCAGUAUAGUGGAGCAUGAAACUAUUCAGAGGAGCUGUGAGGCAUCCUUGAAAUGCCUCCAGACCAAGGGAUUCCCUUAUGGGAAUCCAAUAGAUGUCUUUCCGGAGCUUAAAGAAGCAAUAAGUGUUCACCCAGGUGGGGAUGUUGUGGAACCAGUUCACACAGUAAGCAGCGAAUUUCUUGAACUUCCUAGUGAAUUCCACACCAAACCUACCUACCAUCAUGAUUUUGGCUCAUGGUCAACUUUCUAUCCUGACUCUCAAAAGGUGCAGCAGUGCCAAGUGAAUUGCUUUGAGAGCCAAUUUUAUCCCUUUCCUAUGGAGACUCGAUAUCACUAUGCCCCAUUCAAUAUAUAUUCCCAAGGCUGCCCAUAUGAGUUGCACUUCCAAGAUUUUCAGUAUUUUGUAGUCAUUGACUUUGAGGCUACUUGUGACAAAGAAAGAAACCCCCAUCCACAAGAGAUAAUUGAGUUUCCGUCUGUCAUUGUGAGCAGCGUAACUGGCCAACUAGAAGCAUGUUUCCAGACCUAUGUGAGGCCAACUUGCAAUCAACACCUAAGCGAUUUCUGCAAGGAUCUGACUGGCAUCCAGCAAAUCCAGGUGGACAGAGGUGUUACUCUUAGUGAGGCACUGCUCAGGCAUGACAAAUGGCUUGAGAAGAAGGGGAUAAAAAACACUAGCUUUGCUGUGGUAACAUGGUCGAACUGGGAUUGCCGAGUGAUGUUGGAAUCUGAGUGCCGAUUCAAGAAGAUCAGGAAGCCCCCAUAUUUUAACAGAUGGAUCAACUUGAAAGUUCCUUUCCGCGAGGUAUUUGGCGGUGUCAGGUGCAAUCUAAAGGAGGCUGUGGAGAUGGCAGGCCUAGCAUGGCAAGGUCGUGCUCACUGUGGCCUGGAUGAUGCUAAAAACACUGCUCGCCUACUCGCUUUCCUAAUGCGCAAGGGUAUCAAAUUUUCCAUCACAAACUCACUAAUGUGGCAAACAACUGAUGGUUCAUUGGCAUUGAAGCAGUCCCCUGACCGCCUGCCUUCACCAUAUCAACCCUGCAAAAUGAAGGAAUUGCAUGUUCCAGUUUUCCAUUAUUACCCUAUCUGUUAUUGUGGAGUAAAGAGCAGCAAAGCCAUGGUCCGGAAGCCUGGGCCAAAGCAGGGGAGCUUUUUCUUUGGAUGUGGCAACUGGACUGCCGCCAGAGGUCCUCGCUGUCAGUACUUUGAAUGGGCAUCUACCUGACCAAUAUUAUCAAAAGACCAUUUUAUGUUUCAUCUUUGUGUCCUAAGAUUUGUGGGACAUCGUAUGUAAAAAAAAAUGGAUAAAAGAAAAAAGAAUGGAAACAAAGGUAGUGGGUUGUGUCCUAGUGAAAGCUUAUAUGCCUCAAAACUGUUUGGUGAGGUUUCUACUUAAUUGGCUCAGUUGCUGGAGUAUUGCUGGUAAAUUGAAAGUAGGGGAGCUACAACUUGUAAAGCUGACUUCUUGUUGACAAAUUGGGAAUGCGGGUAGUUAGGAUGAUGCACAUUGCAUGCUCAGACAUGUUAAAUUAUCUUUUAUCAUAAAUAAUCUUUGUGAGAUAGGGACAAUUGAGUCUCCUAUGGAUUUCUAAUGGGAAUAUGGGUAGAGUUGUUUGCCCCUAGUUA